AUGGAGAUCUGGAAGCUAUUUAUGGACUGCUUUGGGGUAUUAUGGCCCAAUCCAAAUGACCUUCAUCAGCUGGCUUUAUGGUGGUCUAGGAAGCACAGAGCCCUUUCAGUGAAAGAUCCCUGGACUAUUGGAUUGGUGGCAAUUGCUGACAACAUUUGGCGGGCAAGGAAUGCGAGAUACCAUAAUGGUAUUAUCCAUUCUACCCUCCAAUUGUUUGAAAAUAUUAAGCGUGAGGUUCAUCUUGUAAAUUUUGGCCUUCAGGGUGUCAUCAACACUACUUGCAACCUCCUCUGUUGCUGCCACCACCUUGGGAUAAAUGUUACCCCAAAAAAUCCCCCUCUCAUGCUGGAAGUGAUAUGGUGUAAGCCUCCUAGGGGCUGGUACAAAUUGAAUGUGGAUGGCUGCUCCCUUGGAAACCCUAGAAAAGCUGGUGCAGGGGGUGUUCUAAGAGAUCAAAGGGGAGCCACAGUGGGUUCUUUCAAAAGUUUCUUGGAUGUUGAGUUAAGCUAUUUUGCGGAAUUUAAUGCUCUUAUUGAAGGUAUCCUGCUGGCAAAAGAGAAGAAGGCACCCUCCUUAUGGAUUGAAUCUGACUCUAUAGCAAUUGUUUUGGCAGUCCAGGUUCGUUCCAUUCCGUGGUAUAUUUACCAGGAUUGGAUCUCAUGUCUUAGCUUCCUUAACUCCAUCAAUUUGAAAAUUACCCACUGCUUCCGUGAAGCAAAUAUAGUGGCUGAUUUUCUAGUUAGUAGGUAG